UUUGUCAGAAGAGGUGGGAAGAAAUUAAAUUGGGGCAGUGAAUUUACCUCCUUCUAAAAGGAGCAUUAAAUCCAGUUUUGUGCAGAUUUUUUUUUUUUAAUUUAAAGCUGAGCAGAGUCAAGCCACUGUAGCUUUAAGGUGAAUAGAGGGAAAUUUAACUUUCCCCUGCACUACUAGGCUAUAACAAAUCCACUUACAGUAAGUCAUUGUGAAUGAUACUUUGUUGCAAACCAUGACAACUCAAAUUUUCUGGGGACACUGAUGAUAGAACUUGUUUUAAAAGCACAGGUAGUUACCACCCCAUUUAGCAGUGUAUCAGUAUAAAGCCUACGACUCACAAUUGAGCAGUUCUGUUUCCAUCCAGUAGAGAUAGUGGUAUACAUAAACAACUGCUUGCUCCUGACAGUAUAUGUCACUAUAUCACAGAGGCAUCUAAUCUAAAGAAUUUAUUCAAGUCAUGCAAGAGGUCUGUCACGCUUUAAACUGUAGUUCAUGCCUCUGGGUCUUUUCUAUUGCUGCUGUAUUACGGAUAGUUAUCUGACCUCUAGCACAAUAAUACUUAGUUUCUACAGGUAGCUUAUUAUUUUUGCGCAAGGAAAAGUCAAUUCAAGUUCUGAAGUAGUCUGAGGGGUGUCUGUCUCAUCAAAAGGACCAGAUUUAGGGCUUGGAUCCAUUUCCCACUGAAGUCAGUGAAAGCAUUGACACUGAUGGACAUUGGUUCAAGCCCUUAAAGAUUAUGGGUAAACAAGUUCUCAGUUUCACAAGAUACAGAGUAAAAGGAUCUCUUAACGUUAAAGGGAUUAUACCUCUAUAGUGCAUUCUAAUGGAAUUUUUGAAUAGCCAUUUAUUUCAGUGAUCUCUAUGCUGUAAAUGAAAGCAAUUCAUGUAAAAGGUAGAUUUCUAGUCUGUUGCUCUUGGCACAGAGAAAACUAAUUGUUUCAACUGGCCUAUGUCUUGUACAAUGAAACCUCCACAAGAGGCCACACAUAUUAGGCAAUCUCUUGACCAGGAAAGUAUUCACAAAUGUGUACUCAUUUGCACAAAUGAAUUCUGCUCCUCCUACAUUAGAGGGAGCGGGGCCUUUAAGACGUUCAAGUCCCAUCAUUUUACCUGUGCCUGGGAUUUUCUCUGAAAUCAUUUGAGCCAGGCCUCUGGGAUUUGUAAGAGCCAAGCAGGGUGGCCUCAGGGAGGCUGUACGAGGUAGCAGGUUGGGGCUGGGGAAGGGCUAGUCGGUGGCUGGCCCCCAGAGCCAGGCGCUGUAGGAAGCAGCCCCAGGAACCAGAGGAGUAAGACAAUCUGGGGCUUAGGACAAAGGGUUGCCCCGUGAUUUCUGGGCCGAGGGCUCCGCGUUGCUCUUAGGGCGAGGUGCAGGGCACGGCCCCCGACCGCAGGGCUCACGGCAUGGCUUGCAAAGGAGCAUCCGCCUCCCACGCCCUGCCUUUGCGGGUCCCCGCUCGCGCGCAGCAGGCAGGGUUCCGCGCGCACCUGCCCCAGCAGGGCCGCUGCCCUUUUCCAGGGGCUGCGGCCCGGCGCUCGCGCUCCGCCGGGCCCCAGUCACGCGAGCAGGGCAGCGCGGCGACAACGGUCCCACCGGAGUGGCUCCGCCGGCGGCGCCCCCGGAGCUCGGCCCGCUGCCGGCUCCUCCCUCGCGAGCUCCGCCCCCAGCGAUCCGCUCGCCACCGCCCCAUCAGCUGACGAGGCAGCGGAUCACAUGACAGGCGAAGUCCAGCGGGGCAACAUGGCUGCGGCUGAGGGACCAUCUUUUUGGUUGGGGAAUGAGACGCUGAAAGUGCCAGCAGCACUCUUUGCUUUGAAUAGAAAACGGCUGUGUGAUCGACUAAGGGGGAACAAAGAUGUCCAGAAGAAUGCAAUUGUUCUGAUGCAGGGUGGCGAGGAAGCCCAAAGAUACUGCACUGAUACUGGCAUUGUCUUUCGCCAGGAAUCUUAUUUUCAUUGGACUUUUGGAGUAACUGAACCAGACUGCUAUGGAGCGAUUGAUGUUGAUACUGGAAAAUCCAUUCUCUUUGUCCCCAAACUCCCUGAAAGCUAUGCAGUUUGGAUGGGAAAGAUUCAUCGUCCCGAAUAUUUCAGGAAGAAAUAUGCUGUGGAUGAAGUACACUAUAAAAAUGAGAUAACCAGUGUCUUGGCUCAAAAGAAACCCUCAGUACUUCUUACCUUGCGUGGUGUUAAUACUGAUAGUGGAAACAUCUCAAGGGAAGCUUCAUUUGAAGGAAUCAGCCAAUUUAAUGUGAACAAUAAAAUUCUUCAUCCUGAAAUUGCGGAAUGUCGGGUGAUUAAGACAGACAUGGAGUUGGAAGUUCUGCGGUACACCAAUAAAAUAUCCAGUGAAGCUCAUAAAGAGGUCAUGAAGGCAGUAAAAGUGGGUAUGAAAGAAUAUGAGAUGGAGAGCCUGUUUCAGCAUUAUUGCUAUACUCGCGGUGGCAUGCGCCAUACUUCUUACACUUGUAUCUGUGGCAGUGGCAACAACUCCUCUGUUUUGCACUAUGGACAUGCUGGAGCCCCAAAUGACAAGACUAUUGAAGAUGGAGACUUGUGCUUGUUUGACAUGGGAGGAGAAUAUUACUGCUAUGCUUCUGACAUUACCUGCACUUUUCCAGCAAAUGGAAAGUUCACUCCUGACCAGAGGGCCAUCUAUGAAGCAGUGCUUAAGUCAUCUCGUGCUGUAAUGAAGGCGAUCAAACCAGGGGUCGCCUGGCCUGAUAUGCACCGUCUGGCAGACAGAGUCCAUCUGGAAGAGCUGAUUAAAAUUGGCAUCCUGAAAGGCAAUGUAGAUGACAUGGUGAAGGUUCAUCUGGGUGCAAUAUUUAUGCCACACGGACUUGGACAUCUACUUGGAAUUGACGUGCAUGAUGUUGGAGGCUACCCAGAGGGAGUUGACCGCAUUGACCUGCCAGGCCUCAAAAGUUUGAGAACUGCCCGAGUUCUUAAGGAAGGCAUGGUGCUAACCGUGGAACCAGGCAUUUACUUUAUUGACUGCCUGUUGGACCAAGCACUCAAUGAUCCUUCACAGUCUUGUUUCAUCAAUAAUGAAGUCCUCCAGCGUUUUCGAAGAUUUGGUGGGGUCCGAAUUGAGGAUGACAUUGCAGUGGCGGCCAAUGGAAUGGAGCUAUUAACGUGUGUCCCGCGUACUGUGGAAGAAAUAGAGGCUUUCAUGGCAGAAGCCCAAGGCAGCACUAAGUCAUUUGACUCCUUGGCCAGCCAAAAGUAGUAAACUCCACAGUGGUUGCUGCCUUCCGCUAACCAGCCAUCAUUCUGAUUUUACGCUACUGCUUAUAAAAUAAAAUGUAUCAAAUUCUGCGCAGCAAAUUGAAUCAGGCAAGUCAUUAGGCUGGAAUGAUUACUUGAUUAGAAAUGAAGUUUGAAGGAUUCAGCACUAUACAUUCAGGUAGCUCUCCUGCAAUCAACAGUUUAUAUUACUAAGUGCCAGCUGAAAAAUAGUACUGAAAUUAUAAAGCUUUAAAAUCUCUGUUCAUCUGUAUCUUUCCAAUCAGAUCUGCAUUUUGAUACCAGUGAUUUUUUUUUAAAAAUAACAGCUGUAUUAUCUGAUGUAAUCAUAAGAAAAUGCUUAGAAGUCCUAUUUUGGAAACUUAUAUCACAACUAUUACAAAGUUUUUUUGUUAAUUGGAAGUGGCUGAAAAAGUGACACAUCCUACAUUUUUCUUGAUAUUGAUGGAAUGGACAGAAUUAAAUGUGUAAUAAAAAUCCUCUGUGAAAGUUGUUCAUAA